AUUGACCCUGCUGUUGAUUAAACGAAGAUUGUUUUCAUAUACAUACAUGUAUUCUUAUGUAAAAUUUGAUCCACUAUUGUAGCCCAACCCUACUUCCGGUGGCCACAAUUUGAAUAAAUUCGAGUCUACACUGCCUAGGGAUGCUUGCAUAUCAAUAUGACUAAUCAUGGCGUUGCUGUUCUUGAGUAGAUGGUUUCUAAAUAAUGAUUUUUCCUAUAUAUUUCCAUGUAAAACUCAAUUCCCUAUUGUGGCCCCACCCUAUUUCUGAAGGUCACAGUUCGAAUAAACUUGAAUUAUGCACUACCUGGGUAUACUUGCAUAUAAAUCAUAGGCCUGUUCUUGAAAAGACGAUCUUUGCUAUAAAUCUCUAUGUAAAAUUUGAUUCCCUAUUGUGCCCCUACCCUAACCCCGAGGGUCGUAAUUUGAAUAAACUUGAACUUGCACUAUAUCAGGAAACUUUCAUGUAAAUUUCAACGUUUCUGGCCCAGAGGAAAAGGAAAUAUUUAAAUGAUGAUACCUCAUUUUUGUAUUUUCUUGAUUAUCUCCCCUUUGAAGGGAGCACGAUCCUUCAUUUGAACAAACUUGAAUCCUUUUUAUCUAAGGAUGAUUUGUACCAAGCUUAAUGAAAUCAGCUCAUUGGUUCUCGAGAUGUCGGGAAGCUUUCAUGUGAUUUCAACUUUCCUGGCAGGUGGUUCUUGAGAAGAUAUUUAAAAGAUGCCACCAUAGCUUUACUAUGCCUUAAUUAUCUUUCUUUCGAAAAAGAUGUGGGCAUUCAUUUAAAUGACUUUGAAUUUCGUUUAUCAACUUCUGAAACUACUUAUUUUGAGUUCCUUACAGGAGUUAUGAGAUUGAUCACUGUUCAGUAUCUUCACCUUUCAUGCGAUUAAAAUCAAACCUCUCACUUUGCUCGAUUUACACAGUCGCAACGACUGUCUGUAUAUUGAGCGGAGUGAGAUAGCCUGUAUAUUGAGCGGAGUGAGAUAGACUGUUGUUGUCUGUAUAUUGAGUGGAGUAAGAUAUACUGUUGUUGUCUGUACAUUGAGUGGAGUGAGAUAGUCUGUUGUCGUCUCUAUAUUGAGCGGAGUGAGAUAGUCUGUUGUUGUCUGUAUAUUGAGCGGAGUGAGAUAGACUGUUGUUGUCUGUAUAUUGAGCGGAGUGAGAUAGACUGUUGUUGUCUGUAUAUUGAGCGGAGUGAGAUAGACUGUUGUUGUUUGUAUAUUGAGCGGAGUGAGAUAGACUGUUGCUGUCUGUAUAUUGAGUGGAGCGAGAAAGACUGUUGUUGUCUGUAUAUUGAGUGGAGCGAGAUAGACUGUUAUUAUCUGUAUACUGAGCGGAGUGAGAUAGACUGUUGUUGUCUGUAUACUGAGCGGAGUGAGAUAGACUGUUGUUGUCUGUAUACUGAGCAGAGUGAGAUAGACUGUUGUAGUCUGUAUAUUGAGCGGAGUGAGAUAGUCUGUAUACUGAGUGGAGUGAGAUAGACUGUUGUAGUCUGUAUAUUGAGUGGAGUGAGAUAGACUGUUGUUGUCUGUAUAUUGAGUGGAGUGAGAUAGACUGUUGUUGUCUGUAUAUUGAGUGGAGCAAGAUAGACUUGUUGAAAUUCGAUCUGGGGUUCUGGAGAGGAUGUUGAAAUGUUAAAAGUUUACGGAGAGGGUGACGCCGGACAAAAGGUGAUAAGAAAAACUCACUGGAGCUUUCAGCUUAGGUGAGCUAAAAAGGUAGGAAGAAAAGAAAAUAAUUGAGAAUAUUAGAUUAUUGGAAAAAGAAAAUUAUGGAAAUGCACGUUGAAAUUAGCAUACUGGAAGCUAGAGGAUAUCACGGAAUUAGAUACUUUAAGAUUUUAAAAAAAGAAAACAACAAAGCUUCGCACUUUUAUUCAGUUUGUGAGUAAAAUGUCCCGAGAGUUUACACAUCGAGAAAUUCUUCAUAAAGAAUGUUUAAUCAUAUAUAAAACAAUUAAUAGUAUAUUGUCUGGUGGAGUUUGUGUUGUACGAAACUGACGUAUCGACAAGUUAUAUUACGGAGACUUUUAAAAUCAAUAAAUACUUGGCACUGUUUCAACUGGUAUUUAUUGUUUUCUUACGACUCCUUGUAACAGUUUUAAAUAAGGAUAUAAUAUGGAGACCAGUUCUGAUUUCCAGGACUUAUUAUUAGUACCGGUGCACACAAAACCUGAUGCCCGAUAACACUAUGUUACAGGUAUAUCGGAAGUUUUCAGCGUUUGGCAUUAUGAGGCGUGAAUCAGAAUCGUACGGGAGACAAGACAGUGGGUGUCCCCAGAGUCCGGUUACCUUGGUAACAAGUGAUAUAAGAAAGAACUACAAAUACUUAAAGAGAGAGAUGUCAGCCGAUAUCCUACUAGAUUAUCUUGUUCAACACUCUAUACUGGAAACAGACGAAAAUGAGUUCCUCAUCGGUAAAUGUCGUGCGGUGAAAUGUGACUUUAUCUUACGUAAACUGUUACGACACCCGGAACGUAUUCAAGAUUUUUCAACAUUAAUAGCCGAGUCGGAGGAGCAGGGAUUUGAAUGCUUUCGGACUUUGGGCAGUUCUCCUCUGUCUUCUAGACCUCCAGCAACGGAGAAUCAAGAAGGUUUGACCUCUGCAACAGUAAAAAGAAAUUUGAAAAACAAUCGAGAACACCUCAUCAGAGAAAUCAGUAAAAGAGUGUCGAAUGUAAGCGCCAGCAUUGUGGAUGAUUUCUUGGAGGAGGACGUUAUUUCUGUGAGCGAACACCAACAAAUAUCGAGACUGAAAAAUACAGACGAAGCAGCUAAUAUGAUCUUGGAGAGCAUACGGAAAAAGGAGCCAACAUUUUACCUAAAACUGCUCUCAAUUUUACAAACCUAUGCAAACAAGGGAGACAGGAAUGGCGAUCUUGGGAAUCUUCUGAAUUGCCUCGGACAGAGUACGGAGGGAGACCAUGAGCAAGAAGCCGCAGGUGAAUACAGGGAUAUGACUGUUACAUGUAGAUUAGAAGACGGGUCUAUUUACAGGAAAAGUCUGAGAGUUGAUAAGGCACAACCUGUAGAAGUAAAGAUAACGGACCCAGAAGGCAAAGUAACGAUGCAUAUAAUCAAAAUGAUCCCCGAUACCGAGGAAAUGGUUGUUCAGGGCACUCACUCUAGCUUUGAGAGCACAUCGACGGGAUCCAUCAUAGUCCUGCUCCGGACCGAGUCUACCUACGCAAUGACAAAACUGAAGCACUUCAUAGAAAACGAGGGCAUGUCCGAAUUCUUAAGCCGGUUAUUUGAGUCCUGCGAUGUCCAGAGACUUCUGACCCAAGACAAGUUCAAAAUAGACGUGCAGAUCAGAAAGCUGCAGGGACCCCCAGCAAAGGAUACUUACCGUCCUGAAUUAGAGUUUAAGUACAAUGCUUGUUUGAAGAGAUGUCACGGGUUUCUGCGGGAGGAGCUAGACCCACUACACCUUCUGAGAGACGAAGAAGUUGCAAGAAUAUUUCAUCCAGUGAUAGAUAAGAUAAAACAACCAAGCACGAGGACAGCAAAAGUGGAAAUAUUCUUAGAAUUUCUUAAAGAACAACCCGAGAAUAAGAUUAAGUUAGUUAUAGAAAAACUCAAAGAGAAAAACAUGUACGCAUAUGGACAGCUGUUUCCAAAUAUUGAGAAAUAUCACGAUAUAGACGUUGAACUAGUGAGGGGAAAUAUUUUAGACAAUUUAACAGAAUUAUUGAACGAAGUCAGUGUUCUCGCAAUUCAAACUCCAUUCUUAAGCACUGGACUCGUAUCAGUGGAGGAGUUAAAUAAUCUGCACGCAAACUGUGAAAGCACAAGGAGAAAAAGAAUGGAGUUUAUGAAAAUGGUUCUGCAUAGGGGAGAGGCAGCGAUCAAAGUCUUCCUUUGUGCUUUGGAGAAUACUUGUGGUGAAGAUAGAGCACAGAGUCUUCUACAACAAAAGGACGUCUGCAGCGAACGCGAUGAAGUGAGAAGGCAUUCCAAGAUUGAAUACGAAGCUUUUAACGAAGAGAAUGGGAUAUUAUUCAAAGGAAGAUUUGUGUUGGAGCUCAAGAGAAACACUGGGGAUGAAACACGAAACGAAGAAUGUCUAUACGCUAGAAAAGACGAUAAUCCCAAAGAAAGUGAACAUCCGGGUAACCAGUCACAGGAGUCCUCCUCGGACAGUGAUCCAAACAAUUCAGCUACAAAUGAUGAACAGAGCGGAACAUCUGGAAAUACAUCAAACAAAGACAUCAGGAUUGCUAAACUUGAAUCCGAUUGUUCAGAAAUACUUUCGAAGCUGACCAGAAAACUCGGUAGGGUAGAGGACGCUAUGUCAGUGAAGCGUAUUUUCUUGAAACAGUUAGGCGAUUAUGCACAGAUGGAUGAAGUUAAGAAGAUGCAUUCACAUAAGUAUGAUAAGAUACGAGAAGAUUGCGUGAGACUUCGCCAAACUUUGAAAGACUUGCAGAGUCUGACAGGAUCUGUGAUCACUGAGAAGAAUGAUGAGUUUGACACUGGAUGGGAGGAAAUGCAAAUUCCUUGGUGUGACUUAGAUUCAGAGACUAUAUCAACGUCCGAAAUAAUACCUCGUUUUGAAAGACAAGACAUCGUUACGUCGACAGAUGAAAAUUCAGGAGAUACCACAGAAAGCCUCUCGGAAGAAGACGACGACGAAGAAGAGAGUUUAAAUGUUCUAAAUCGACAAUCUUCAAAGUAUCAAAGCGUCUUGAUAGCCAAACUCUAUAACAUCAAGACCGUGCAAUCUGUGAUGAACAUUUUCCGAGACAUGGCUGAGAAGGACAUCCAACUGAUGGCCAUAAAGAAUAUAUUGAAUGAAGAACAAUAUAAGAAACUGGAAAAAUACAUAAUCAAGCUGCAAGACAUUAGCGAAAAACUGCAGAAGACAGGCUGCACUGCGGACGUAGCGUAAAGUCAAAGGUCAAAGACAAUACUGCACAGAGGAGUUUAGAUCGAUCACUCGUCAUGACUGAGUGCAAUAUUCUUUUGUGGAAUAGUUAAAGAAUGAAAUAUACAUAUCCAGCCAUGGCCAGACCCACAUACAGCAAGGGACACACAGUGACGCUUUCGCCUCCACUAGAUUCACCGUCUCCAUUUUCAUUACCAGAAGUCCAUAUGUUUGUUUCGUUAUUGCAAUUCUCUGAGAAACAGAACUUAAUACAGUCAAGGUUUGGAUUAGAAUAUGUACACUCGUUUCCAAUGUAAUGGUAAGGCAGGCAGCGGCGAAGGACGGAUAUCACUCUUCCGGUCUCUAGUGAAUAGAAAACGUCAUACAAAUGCAUCAAUUAUACAGAAAUUAUUCAGAU